GAAAGCGUUUUUUCAUUUUUGAUUUUUACUGGGUAAAAUCCACAAUUGGGUUGAUUUGUGAGUUAUUAUUUAGGUAAAAAUGCAGCGAUGGAGAUUGCCUCGGAUUGUGGACCAAAAACUGUCAACUUCCCAGAUGCUAGCUUUAGCAACUGACGACGAACCCCACCGCCCCAUUGCUUCGAAUCAAUUCGUCCGCAGUGCGUCAAUCCUCCGCAAUACCAUUUCAGUUUCUCUCACUCGAUCUUUGCCUUCAAAAGGAAGUCCCAUUUUGCAAAAUUUUCAAAUGGGCACAUCCUCGAAUCCACUCUUUGUUUCAUCUACUCUUUUGUCGAAUUCUGGCUGGGUUUUUGUACCUUUUUAUUUUUAGACAAUUGGGUUCCAGCAUUCCAUUCCCAUGAAGGCUGAGACUAGAGGGAUCAUUAGACUAAAAUGUUCUGUCAAGAACUACGAUUGGGGGAAGAUUGGGAAGGAAUCGAGUGUGGCGAGACUUUACGGGAAGAACAGCGGGGUGGAAACUCAUGAUGAUAAGCCUUACGCCGAGUUCUGGGUUGGGACUCACGACUCUGGGCCCUCCUACGCUGUCGCCGUUGGCUACAAGGAGAAUUGGAUUUUGCGGAACGGUAAUGGGGCUCUAAAGAAAGAGAACGAUGACAAUCAUUAUAAUUUGGUGAGAUUGAAGGACUGGAUUGAACAAAACCCUAGAGUUCUUGGUGAUAAGGUUUGGGAAAAGUGGGGUUCCAAUCUCCCCUUUCUCUUCAAGGUACUUUCAGUGGCAAAAGCAUUGUCAAUACAGGCUCAUCCAGAUAGGGAUUUGGCAGCAGUACUGCAUGAGCAACAUCCAGAUGUGUACAAGGAUGGCAAUCACAAGCCUGAGAUGGCUUUGGCGCUGACGGAAUUUGGGGCUCUAUGCGGUUUUAUCAGUCUUGAGGAGCUUAAGGAUGUUGUUCAAAAUGUACCUGAGAUUGUAGAGGUGGUUGGUGGUGCACAUACAGCUCGGGUAUUACACAUUGAUGAAGAGGACAGGGAAGUGGAAGCCAAAGAGGUCUUGCAAUCUAUAUUUACGGAACUCAUGUCAGCCAGCAAGGUCACAAUUUCCCAAGUAAUCUCCAAGAUGAUAACUCGAUUGAAUGCAAAACGUGAGGUGAGGGAUCUCACAGAUAAGGAAAAGCUGGUUUUGGUGCUCGAGAAGCAGUAUCCGGCUGAUGUUGGUGUUAUAGCAGCCUUCCUGUUCAAUUAUGUGAAACUUAAUCCAGGUGAAGCCCUAUAUAUUGCUGCAAAUGAACCUCAUGCAUAUAUAUAUGGAGAAUGCGUUGAGUGCAUGGCAACAUCAGAUAAUGUUGUUCGCGCUGGCCUUACACCAAAGUACAGAGAUGUUCAAACUCUCUGUUCCAUGCUCACAUUCAUACAGGGCUUGCCGGAAAUCCUCCCAGGAGUUGCUUUGAACCCUUAUACUGUUAGGUAUCUCCCCCCGUUUGAUGAAUUCGAGGUUGAUCGAUGCAUUCUUCCCCAAGGAACAUCAGCUGUUUUUCCUGCAGUACCCGGACCCUCCAUUUUUCUGGUGUUGAUGGGAGAAGGAACAAUGUGCACAGUAUCCUCUAAAGAGUUAAUUGGUCAAGGUGAUGUGCUAUUUACACCUGCAAAUACUGAGAUCACUGUUGCAACUACAUUAGGUUUGAAUUUAUACAGAGCAGGAGUAAACAGCAGGUUUUUUGAAGAGUAAUUCUUGAAAUCUGCAGCAGAGAACUAAACGGAUUUUUCUUAUGCACUGCUGCACUUUUAUGUAACAUAAUAACAUUACCAUACGUGUAUAUUUACCUCUUAUUAUAUAGAUCAAGAAAUAUAUUUAGUCUGA